AUGAUAUUUGUCCCAUAUUUAUUCGACACUACCAAAAAUUCCUCUUCGUAUUGGAACUGCAUUCAACGUUGUUCAUGCACCACUGAUAGUUAUGAGGAGAUUGAUGGCCAAUGCAUUGAGCAGAAAAAUGAUGCGACUGCGAAGAAUAUAACUUCUUCAACAUAUGAUUGCUCGUUAGAAGGGCUCCCAUGUGGAACGAAUAUGAUAUUUAAUCCGGUUCAUGAAAUAAAUUUUCAAAACACUUCUCAGUGUAUUACGCAGUGUGUAUGCGAUAUUAAUUACUACGAAGAAAAUGACCAAUGUAUUAAAAAAAAUGAUAUCCUAUCUGCAUACAUGGAUAAUCCGUGUAAUUUGGAACCAUGCAAAGUCGAUGAAAUAAUCCAUGAUGCAGGUUGUCGUUUAACUGGGCACAAAUGCGGUAUAAACAUGAUAUUCAAGCUGAUUAGCCAGGGAAUAACUUAUCCAUCAAUAUCGCGAUAUUGUACUCAACGAUGUGUGUGUGAAAGCGAGGAAUUUGUUGCGAAAACUUUCCAUUGUGAAAAAACAAAAAUUCAUUUGAAUGAUUCUAUAGAAUCGAGCGAAUUUCUUCAAUAUUGUCCACGACUCAGAUACAAUAUGGAUGAAGAAAUAACCGACUUAGGUUGCCGUUUAACUGGUUUUAAAUGUGGAAAGAACAUGGUUUUCGUUCCCGUGGAGGAGUUUUUUUGGUAUUGUGAUGGAGGAUAUUGCAGUCUUGGAAAACAAGUCUUUGAUUAUGGCUGUAUGCUCACCGGUCUUCCUUGUGGAACUAAUAUGAUAUUCGAUACCAUGAAUAAUAAUAGUACUGAAUUUUGUAUUCAGGUAUGCAAAUGUGCAGCUAAUGAUUACACUGAAAUCAACGGGCGAUGUCACAAAGAGGAUAAUACAACAAGCAAAUAUUUCGUCGAAGUUCGAAAAUCGUUCAUAGUUGGUCAGAUAUUCGAUGAUUUUGGCUGUUUCUCAACGGGCAUUACAUGUGGAAAGAAUAUGGUGUUCCGACCAAUUUUUCAAUUUCACAACAUAUCAGGUUUAAUAUGGUAUAAAAAGUGUUUGCAGCGUUGUUCAUGCAAAAAUGAUAAAUACAUAGAGCGAAAUAAAAAUUGUAUUAAACGUAUGGUUGAAAUCGAGAAUCCACCUGAGAAGAACACUACUAUGAUUGAUCGACCAUGUUUUAUAAAUAGAAGUUGUCAACUUGGCGACACUAUAAUUGAUAAAGGAUGUCAAUUAAGUGGCCUCAAAUGUGGAACCAUUUAA